AUGAGUGCUGAUAAACCAAAAGAUGUGAUCAAGGAGGAGCUGGUGGAACAAGUGAAGAAAUUCGCUUUCUUUGGAGUAGCUGUGAGCACAGUCGCCACUCUUACAGCCAUCGUUGCAGUGCCAAUGUUGUGCAUGUAUAUGCAACAUAUCCAAUCAGCUCUUCAGGAUGAGAUCAAUUUCUGUAGAACUCGAUCCGGAUCGCUUCGUGAGGAGUUCUCAAGGCUCGAGCACAUGCGAAAAGACGAAAAGGAACGUGAGAAGCGUCAAGCUUAUCGCUGUUGCUCUUGCGGUAUUGGCCCGGCUGGCCCACCCGGACAACAAGGAGCUGAAGGUUUAUCCGGAAAUGAUGGACGCGGAGGAGUACCUGGAAAUCCUGGACCUGACGCAGUCGACGGAGAUGCUACUCCGCCAUCACCGGAUGAUUUCUGCUUUGAGUGCCCACCGGCACCAGCCGGCCCUGCUGGACCACAAGGACCUAAAGGAGAAGAUGGAAAUGGUGGACACCCAGGAGAGAAAGGAUUGCCUGGAAGAAAGGGCGCACCCGGACACACUGGUCCCACUGGACCCCCGGGAUUGCCAGGAAAAGAUGGACAACCUGGAUUGCAGGGACCAGCUGGACAAGUGCGAGAAGUGCCUGCACCACCAGGACCUCCAGGAGCUGGAGGAGAAGAAGGACCUAAAGGACCACCUGGAACCGAUGGACGGCCUGGAAAUGAUGGAAAUGAUGGACAAGCUGGGUCACAAGGUGAAGCCGGACAAGAUGGAGCGCCUGGAAAUGAGGGACCACCUGGAGAACCUGGAGAGCCUGGAGAGCCUGGACACAAGGGAUCUUGCGAUCAUUGCCCACCGCCAAGAACCGCUCCCGGAUAU